GGUAUCAGAGGAAGGACAUCAGCAGCUAUGACCAAACGGGCUGCUCAUGGCGCCAUCCUGCCAGUCAUGUGACCCUGCCCCCCCUCCUCCCCUCCGUACGUGAGAGCGUCAGAGCGGAACAGAGAGCAGCCUGUUCGGUGCCUCCAGCCUCGGCCUGUGUCUGGGCGGCAGAGAAGGAGGGCGCGUACUGCGCACGGUGAGCGGGGCAUUGUGGGAGCUAUGGAUCGGUCAAAGCACAGCCUGGUUCUGCUGCAGCAACUCAACAUGCAGCGGGAGUUCGGUUUCCUCUGUGACUGCACUAUAGCCAUCGGGGACGUGUACUUCAAGGCGCACAGAGCCGUGCUUGCUGCCUUUUCAAAUUAUUUCAAGAUGAUCUUCAUUCACCAGUCCAGUGAAUGUAUAAAGAUCCAACCGACAGACAUUCAACCGGACAUAUUUAGUUACCUUUUGCACGUCAUGUAUACAGGGAAAACCCCCAAGCAAAGUGUGGACCACUUCCGAUUAGAGGAAGGGGUUAGGUUUCUUCACGCUAACCUCCCCUCCAUAUCAUCUAAUGAGCCAAGUCAAGUUUUGCCAUCGGAAACAGGGCAGUCCUCUAAUUUAUACGGAAUCCAGAUCUCCACGGCUCAGAAAACAAAUAAAGAGACUCUUCGAAACAUUUCACCUGCUGCAGCAAGGUCCACUCCACAGGGAGAGCAGCCGAAACUACAGCUGUCCCUUGCCAUUGGCCUUGAAGGUGUAGGGCCUGAACAGCAAAGUUCACAUUUCCCUGCUCAGGUGGGCACCACAGUUAAAUCGAUAGAAGACAUUGAGAACACCGUAAAGACCAUAAAGCAGGAAACCUGUGAUACCGAAUCUGUCAAAUCUCCUCAAGAAUCGUCGCUGCAAGAGGAGGUCGAGUCAACAUUGGUUAAGACCGCCAGCAAAACGUACUCCUGCCACUACUGUGGCGAACAUUUUGAGUCUCGUAGCACGUUGAGGGAUCAUUUGCAUAUCCACGUUUCACAGUCUCUCCCUUUCGGUGUACCUACCUCUAUUUUAGAGAGCGAUGACCUGGGAGAAGUGCACCCCAUACUUGAAAACAUCGAGAACACUGAGAGCUGUCAACUCAGCCCUAACGAAGCGCUUCCAAACUCCACCCACGCCGAACAGCUGCAACUCAACCAGCUUUCGUUUUUGUCGAAGGACGCCGAUCCCAUAGAGCUGAACUGCAACUUUUCCUUCUUGCGAAAGAGGAAAUUUAUCUGCACGGUAUGUGGACACAGGUUCAUACGGAGGAACCUGUUACUGGAUCACUUGUACACGCACAAAACCAAAUCCCACAAGCUCAGUCGCUACCAGGGCUCGGGCAGCCAGACUGAUCAUUCGCUACAGAAUUACUGUAAGAACCUGACUGAUAAUGAUCAGAAAGACGAAGACGCAGCUCUAGAACCCCCCUUCCUCGAGGACUUGGAAGACACAAGCUCACAAGAAAAUGUGGACUCUGUCCUUGUUGAAUAAUAUUUAUUCGUAUUGAACUGCUUGGAUGUUU